CCGGAGCCCCAGCCCGAGCCCGGAGCGGGGAGCGGGGGAGCGGCGGGGGCAUGUGGAUGUUGGCCGUCGCCUUGCUCCACAGCAUCUCGCAUGUUUUCAGUGAAGAUCUACAUGCCAGUCUAUAUUUUGUCAAUGCAUCUCUGCAAGAGGUAGUGUUUGCUAGCACAACAGGGACAUUGGUACCCUGUCCAGCAGCAGGGAUCCCUCCUGUGACGCUCAGAUGGUACCUAGCGACGGGCGAGGAGAUUUACGAUGUCCCAGGGAUCCGCCAUGUCCACCCCAAUGGCACUCUCCAAAUUUUCCCCUUCCCUCCUUCAAGCUUUAAUAACUUAAUCCAUGAUAACACUUACUAUUGCACAGCUGAAAAUCCUUCAGGGAAAAUCAGAAGUCAGGAUGUUCACAUUAAGGCUGUUUUACGGGAACCCUAUACAGUCCGUGUGGAGGACCAGAAAGCCAUGAGAGGCAAUGUAGCAGUGUUCAAGUGCAUUAUCCCCUCCUCUGUGGAGGCAUACAUCACUGUUGUCUCAUGGGAGAAAGACACAGUCUCGCUUGUCUCAGGACCUAGAUUUCUCAUCACAUCCACGGGAGCCUUGUAUAUUUUAGACGUACAGAAUGAAGACGGACUGUACAACUACCGAUGUAUUACAAGGCACAGAUACACUGGAGAAACACGACAAAGCAACAGUGCAAGACUUUUUGUAUCAGAUCCAGCGAAUUCAGCUCCAUCUAUUCUAGAUGGGUUUGACCACCGUAAAGCCAUGGCAGGACAGCGAGUGGAGCUGCCUUGCAAAGCAUCAGGGCACCCCGCACCAAAGUAUCGUUGGCUGAAAGAUAAUGUUCCCUGGGAGCCUGACAGCAGGUUUCGGCAGACAGUUACAGGUCUCCUGAUAGAGAACACACGUCCCUUGGACUCUGGCAACUACGUCUGCGAGGUGUGGAACAACUAUGGGACUGCCGAGAUGAUAGGGCGACUGUAUGUAAAACAACCACUAAAAGCCGCAAUCAGCCCACGGAAAGUGAAAAGUAGCGUUGGUAGUCAAGUGUCCUUGUCCUGCAGUGUGACAGGAACUGAGGACCAGGAGCUCUCCUGGUAUCAUAAUGGUGAAAUCAUCAACCCUGGUAACAAUGUCCGGAUUACUGGCAUCAAUCGGGAGAACCUUAUUAUGGAUGGCAUGGCCAAGAGUGAUGGUGGAGCUUACCAGUGCUUUGUGCGCAAGGACAAGAUGUCUGCUCAAGACUAUGUUCAGGUGGUACUAGAAGAUGGAACUCCCAAAAUCAUUUCUGCCUUUAGUGAGAAAGUGGUGAGUCCAGGAGAGCCAGUCUCGCUUAUGUGUAAUGUGAAGGGGACUCCUCUGCCUACAAUCACUUGGACACUGGAUGAAGAUCCAAUUGUGAAGGAUGGCAGUCAUCGUAUCAGCCAGAUUAUCACCUCUGAAGGCAAUGUGGUCAGUUACCUGAAUAUCUCUAAUACUCAGGUCCGAGAUGGUGGAGUUUAUCGUUGUACUGCCAACAACUCUGCUGGAGUCGUCCUGUACCAGGCUCGAAUAAACGUAAGAGGGCCAGCAAGCAUUCGACCCAUGAAGAACAUAACAGCAAUAGCUGGACGGGACACCUACAUCCACUGCCGUGUGAUCGGCUACCCCUAUUACUCCAUCAAGUGGUACAAGAACUCGAACCUGCUACCAUUUAACCAUCGCCAAGUGGCAUUUGAGAACAAUGGGACACUCAAACUUUCAGAUGUGCAGAAGGAAGUAGAUGAGGGUGAAUACACGUGCAAUGUCCUCGUUCAACCCCAGCUUUCCACCAGCCAGAGCGUGCAUGUGACAGUAAAAGUUCCACCUUUUAUUCAGCCUUUUGAGUUCCCGCGGUUCUCCAUCGGCCAGCGGGUCUUCAUUCCCUGCGUGGUGGUGUCCGGGGAUUUGCCCAUCACAAUCACCUGGCAAAAGGAUGGCAGGCCGAUCCCAGCCAGCCUUGGGGUGACGAUUGACAACAUCGACUUCACCAGCUCCUUAAGGAUUUCUAAUCUUUCACUGAUGCACAAUGGGAAUUAUACCUGUAUAGCUAGAAAUGAUGCAGCAGCUGUGGAGCACCAAAGCCAAUUAAUCGUGAGAGUGCCCCCUAGGUUUGUGGUUCAGCCCAGCGACCAGGAUGGGAUCUAUGGAAAAGCUGUAAUUCUCAACUGCUCUGCAGAGGGUUAUCCCGUUCCUACCAUUGUCUGGAAGUACUCAAAAGGUGCCGGGGUUCCACAGUUCCAGCCGAUUGCAUUGAAUGGUCGUAUCCAGCUUCUUACAAAUGGCUCCUUGCUGAUUAAACACGUGCUGGAAGAAGACAGUGGAUACUACCUCUGCAAGGUCAGCAAUGAUGUGGGAGCAGACGUCAGCAAGUCCAUGUACCUCACUGUUAAAAUUCCAGCUAUGAUAACUUCCUAUCCAAAUACCACCUUGGCAACACAAGGUCAAAAGAAGGAGAUGAGCUGCACGGCACAUGGAGAGAAACCCAUCAUAGUCCGCUGGGAAAAAGAAGACCAAAUCAUUAACCCUGAAAUGUCCCGUUACCUUGUUUCCACCAAGGAAGUUGGAGAUGAAGUGAUCUCUACUCUGCAGAUUUUGCCAACUGUGCGUGAAGAUUCCGGCUUCUUUUCCUGUCAUGCCAUCAAUUCUUAUGGGGAGGAUCGUGGAAUAAUUCAGCUCACUGUGCAAGAGCCCCCCGACCCUCCUGAAAUAGAAAUCAGAGAAGUGAGAGCACGCAGUAUUGCCCUCAGAUGGACCAUGGGAUUUGAUGGGAACAGCCCAAUCACUGGCUACGAUAUCGAGUGCAAGAACAAGUCGGACUCUUGGGAUUCUGUUCAGAGAACCAAAGAUGUUUCCCCUCAGCUAAACCAAGCCACUAUCAUUGACCUCCACCCUUCCUCAACUUACAACAUUCGCAUGUAUGCCAAGAAUCGCAUCGGCAAGAGCGAGGCCAGCAAUGAGCUCACUAUCACUACUGAUGAAGCAGCUCCUGAUGGUCCACCUCAGGAUGUCCAACUCGAACCUAUAUCUUCACAAAGCAUUAGGGUCACCUGGAAGGCUCCAAAGAAGCACUUGCAAAAUGGAAUUAUUCGUGGAUACCAGAUAGGUUAUCGGGAGUACAGUGCAGGCGGAAAUUUCCAGUUCAAUAUCAUCAGUAUUGAUACCACUGGAGACAGUGAAGUUUAUACGCUGAAUAACCUCAAAAAAUUCACCCAGUAUGGCAUGGUAGUCCAGGCUUGUAACCGGGCUGGAAUAGGACCUUCUUCUCAGGAAAUCAUCACCACUACUCUUGAGGAUGUGCCCAGCUGCCCUCCAGGGAACGUCCAAGCCACUGCCACAUCACCAGAAACCAUCUCUAUUUCUUGGUCAACGUUGGCAAAAGAAACGCUGAAUGGGAUUCUGCAAGGAUUCAGGGUUAUCUAUUGGGCCAAUCUCUUGGAUGGAGAGCUAGGAGAGAUAAAGAAUGUCACUACUACACAGCCAUCACUAGAGCUUGAUGGCCUUGAAAAAUACACCAACUACAGCAUUCAGGUGUUGGCUUUUACACGAGCUGGAGAUGGAGUGAGAAGUGAACAAAUUUUCACCCGCACUAAAGAAGAUGUUCCAGGUCCUCCUGCGGGUGUUAAAGCAGCUGCAGCUUCGGCCUCCACUGUCUUCGUCUCCUGGCUCCCUCCCCUCAAGCUGAAUGGCAUCAUUCGGAAAUACACUGUCUUCUGCUCACACCCCUACCCCACAGUAAUCAGCGAGUUUGAAGCCUCUCCCGACUCAUUUUCCUAUAGAAUCCCCAACCUGAGCCGGAAUCGCCAGUACAGUGUCUGGGUGGUAGCAGUGACUGCUGCAGGAAGAGGUAACAGCAGUGAGAUUAUCACUGUGGAACCUCUAGCUAAAGCUCCUGCCAGGAUUUUGACAUUCAGUGGCACAGUGACAACUCCCUGGAUGAAGGACAUUGUCCUCCCUUGCAAAGCCGUGGGAGACCCAGCUCCAACAGUCAAAUGGAUGAAGGAUAGUAACGGGACACCCAGUCUAGUGAUGAUUGAUGGGCGAAGAAGCAUCUUUAGCAAUGGCAGCUUUGUCAUCCGUACUGUGAAAGCAGAAGACUCCGGAUACUACAGCUGUGUGGCCAGUAACAACUGGGGAUCUGAUGAAAUAAUUUUGAAUUUGCAGGUACAAGUUCCACCAGACCAGCCAAGACUCACUGUAUCUAAAACUACAUCUUCCUCUAUCACUCUUUCCUGGAUACCUGGAGACAAUGGUGGCAGUUCUAUCCGAGGUUAUAUUUUGCAGUACUCAGAAGAUAACAGUGAGCAGUGGGGUAGUUUUCCCAUUAGCCCUAGUGAGAGGUCCUACCGUUUAGAAACGCUGAAAUGUGGCACUUGGUACAAGUUUACUUUAACUGCUCAGAAUGGAGUGGGACCAGGACGCAUCAGUGAGAUCAUUGAGGCCAAAACACUUGGAAAAGAGCCCCAGUUUUCGAAGGAACAAGAGCUCUUUGCUAGUAUCAACACCACAAGAGUGAGGCUGAACCUGAUAGGUUGGAAUGAUGGUGGUUGCCCCAUCACCUCCUUCACCCUGGAGUACCGGCCAUUUGGGACAACAGUAUGGACAACUGCCCAGCGGACAUCCCUGUCAAAGUCCUACAUACUGUAUGACCUCCAGGAGGCAACAUGGUAUGAACUGCAAAUGAGAGUGUGCAACAGUGCUGGCUGUGCUGAGAAACAAGCCAAAUUUGCAACACUCAAUUAUGAUGGCAGUACAAUCCCUCCACUCAUUAAGUCAGUUGUGCAAAGUGAAGAGGGGCUGGCAACGAAUGAAGGGCUAAAGAUGCUGGUGACCAUUUCCUGUAUCUUGGUUGGGGUCUUGCUGCUUUUUGUGAUGCUGCUUAUCGUGCGGAGGAGGAGGAGAGAGCAGAGACUGAAGAGGCUACGAGAUGCAAAGAGUUUGGCUGAAAUGCUUAUGAGCAAGAACACCAGGACGUCAGAUACGCUUAAUAAGCAGCAGCAAACACUGAGGAUGCACAUAGACAUUCCCAGAGCACAACUUCUGAUUGAGGAGAGGGACACGAUGGAGACCAUUGAUGACAGGUCAACGGUUCUGCUCACUGAUGCUGACUUUGGAGAGACAUCUAAACAGAAGUCACUGACUGUCACCCACACAGUACAUUAUCAGUCUGUGUCACAAGCUACAGGACCACUAGUGGAUGUUUCUGAUGCCCGACCAGGAACAAAUCCUACCACAAGGAGGAGUGCCAAAACCGGACCUACAGCUCGCAACCGCUAUGCUAGUCAGUGGACCCUCAACAGACCUCACCCCACCAUAUCAGCUCACACCCUCUCCACAGACUGGAGGCUGCCCACGCCCAGACCAACAGGGUCAGUGGACAAGGAAAGCGACAGCUACAGCGUCAGCCCCUCGCAGGACACAGAUCGAGCAAGAAGCAGCAUGGUCUCUACAGAAAGUGCCUCCUCAACAUACGAGGAGCUAGCGAGAGCAUAUGAGCACGCAAAAAUGGAAGAGCAGCUGAGACAUGCGAAGUUCACUAUUACAGAAUGCUUCAUAUCAGACACAUCAUCGGAGCAGCUCACGGCAGGGACUAAUGACUACACAGACAGCCUGACCUCAAGCACGCCGUCAGAGUCAGGGAUUUGCAGGUUUACUGCAUCCCCUCCCAAACCUCAGGAUGGAGGGCGAGUGAUGAACAUGGCAGUUCCAAAGGCACAUCGACCAGGUGAUCUCAUGCAUCUGCCACCCUACCUUAGGAUGGACUUCUUAUUGAACCGUGGCGUGCAAGGCACGAGCAGAGACCUGGGUUUGGGGCAAGCCUGCUUGGAGCCGCAGAAAAGCCGAACCUUGAAGCGCCCCACAGUCCUGGAGCCGAUACCCAUGGAGACAUCCUCCACAAGAGAAGUACAGUCAUGGCAACCUGGUGCUGUGGCAACGUUACCUCAGCGAGAAGGAGCUGAGCUAGGACAGGCAGCAAAAAUCAGCAGCUCCCAAGAAUCCCUGCUGGACUCCCGGGGCCACUUGAAAGGAAACAAUCCCUACGCAAAAUCUUACACCCUGGUAUAACAAAAAGAGCAUGGCUGGACAGUGGCUGUAAAUAUUUACACUGAAAAAUAAUCCAAUGAAAGCUACCUUUUUUUUAUUGAAUUCCAAUAUUUAUAAUUAAAGAAGAAGAUUGCCAAAAUAUUUGACAAAAAAAUUAAUAAUAAUAUGAACGACAGACAGUGCAAAGACUCUCUUGCUUUUUUUCUGUCUGAGUGUGAGCUUCAUCUGACUGGACAUCUGAAUUUUUGGGUAAAAGAGUCCAGUUUUCUGAUCUUCACAAGAGUUUGUGUUUUUACUGAUUUUCUACGAAGUGCAUGGAGACUUAACUAAAACAUUUUAACUGGAAAUUCCAUCAGACAAGAUUUAAAAGGGAAAAAAUCACACAAAAAAAACCCCCACCCUAUUUGUGAGUUCAACGGGAACAUUGAUUUGGAAAAGCAAAAAGUCUUUUGUCAUGUUUGCACUUUUUUUUUUUUUUUAAUUAGAAAAUGGGUCCUUGAUUGUUCUUUUUUUUUUGUUGUUAAUUAGGAUGAGUGAUGUCAGUGGAGUGAGGGCAUUGAUUUUGGUUUUUUUUUUAUAUUAAUUUAAUGAGACACUCUUUGCAUUUUGUCUAUGCGAAAUAAAAGGGUCUUCUGCCUUUA